AUGGCACAGAUCUUGCUGAAGAUCAUCAACACUGCUUUAACGCAAGGCAAGACACCAGUUGAGUGGAGCAAAGGCCUUAUUACCCCUGUGCACAAAAAGGGGGAUAAACUUGACCCAGCUAACUACCGAGCCAUAACACUGCUAUCAGUGCCGGCUAAAGUUUUCUGCAGGAUGGUGCUCAGUAGGAUCCAAGGGACAAUUGAAGAGCAUUUAUCGGAAGAGCAUUGUAGAUUCCGGAGCUCCAGAGGAACCACUGAUGCUAUUUUCAUUGUCAGGCAAGUGCUGGAGAAGGCCAAAGAGAGACACAUCCCCAUCCAUUGGAAUUUUGUGGACUUCAAAGCAGCAUUCGAUACUGUCUGGAGGGAUGCUUUAUGGAAGUGCCUUCUUUCAAUAGGAGUUGAGAAGAACCGACUUAUAAUAUUCAUGGAAAAGAUAUACAAUUAA